AUGGAACUCGCAGUGUCAGGAGGGCCCUCUCCGCGACAGAGAGGUGAGGGCGAUACUGUUGUGGUUAGUUCAUUUUCAGCCUCUUCACGUAAACCGUAUGUAGAGGUCCAUAACGGGUCGCACCACAGGAGAGCGAUCUCCGCAACGGCUAUUGGUGCAGUCCUCGCUUCACUGGUCACCAUACUUCUGGCGAUUGCCACAUGCCUAUAUCCGGCGAUAAGAGCGACAUCAGUGAGAGCACCACAACGUCGACUAGCAAGCGGGAAUUGGUGGGAAGGGGAUCCUCUCUCGCCCUCUUCUCUAUUGUGCGACGAGGUGCUGACCUCUGGUGAUGAAUCUUCUGACGAAUUUCCACCUACCCAAGCACAGUCUGGAAGCACACCACCUCGAAAACGAGCUUACGAAGGAGGAGCGACUGACAAGACAGAAUGCUCGCAUACAGGUGGUGCGGGCAGUGAAGGAUCGAAAAGAUUCCGACCUAUAGACCUGGACUCGACACCAAGUCCACAGGGCAGCCCCGUUACGGAAUCUGGCCAAAAUUCAACACCACCAAGUCCUGAAGGACCUUUAAUGCUAUUUUUAGAAGAAAGUUUAUCCGGAGAUGAAGACCACAACGGUACGCAACAGCCCAGUCCGCAGCCGCCCAAAACAGUCGACAACUCCGUGAACACAGGAGCUGACCAAACACAAGGAGGAGCUGACUGCGCCGAAGAUUCAGAUGGUUCUGGGGAGUCCAGCAGUACUCAAGGGCGCGGUCCGCAGUCGCCCGAAACAGUUGACAACUCCGUGGGGACAGGAGCUGAUCAAACACACGGAGCUGGUUGCGCCAAAGAUUCCGAGGCAUCUGGUAAAGACGGCCCCGGAAGUGGUGGUGGCAUGAGUCCACAGGAGGAGAUGAGCACGCCCAGUCCAAGUCCGGUGGUUGUGGAGGGCACCGUACAUGCAGGUGAUUCUGCAAAGUCUCAUAAUGGAGAGUCUUCGAAGCACCAGUCUGAAGGUUAA